CCGCGAUAGCCUGGAUCUAGUGAUGAAUUCAUUUAUCAACAUCCGGGAAUGCGGCCCAACUCACCAAAAUGGCGGAGAUUGACAAGAAAGAAAAUGGAGAAACGAAUUCGCAAGAAGGAGCUGAUCUCUGGUCUUCCAUUUUGAGUGAUGUUCAGAGCUCUGCAAGCCGAAAGUUGCCGUCGCAUAAAUCUAUCAUUCUUAUAGGCAAUGAUGAGUCAGGAAAGACUACUCUUAUCUCAAAAUUACGUGGAAAAGAAGACGAUAUCAGUAAAGGACAUGGGUUAGAAUACACCUACCUCGAAGUUCACGAUGAAGAAAUUGACGAUUACACGAGAUUAAAUGUAUGGAUACUGGAUGGGGAUCCUAGAAAUAAAAGUCUGCUAAAAUACGCGUUGACUCCAAAGCAUGCAAGGGACGUUUUGGUUGUGAUGGUGGUGGAUUGUUCUCGUCCCUGGGCGAUCAUGGAAUCUCUACACUCCUGGACGGAAAUCUUACGAGAACACAUUCAUUCCUUAAAACUAUCACCAAAAGAACUUAACGAAAUGGAGGAAAAAAUUGUACAGCAGUUCCAGGAUUACACGGAUACAGAAGAGGCCAGUGACGAGAAUAGAAGAAGAUCUGGUACAAAAGAUGAAGAUAAAGUUGUGUUACCUCUAGAAGAAAAUGUCCUUGUGGAUAAUCUAGGAAUUCCUAUGAUAGUGCUGGUCACAAAGACUGAUUGUAUGUUGUCUCUUGAGAAAGACCGGGACUUUCAUGAUGAACACUUUGAUUUUAUUCAGCAACACAUCCGUAGAUACUGUCUCAAGCAUGGUGCAGCUUUAUUUUACACCUCUGUUAAAGAAAACAAGAAUUGUAACCUGUUUCUGAAAUACGUCCUGCAUAAAAUUUAUGGUUUGCCUUUCAAGAGCCCAGCAUUGGUCGUAGAUAAAGAUUCAGUGUUUAUCCCGUCUGGUUGGGACAGUAUGAAGAAGAUUGGAAUUCUAAAUGAGCACCUAAAGAACAUUCAUCCAGAUGACAGCUUUGAUGAUCAUAUUAUUAAACCAGCUCUUAGAAAGCCUCUACAAGAAAAAGAGAUAACUGCUGAGGAAGAGCAAGCAUUUUUGGCCAAGCAACAGCAACUCUUGCAGAAGAACCCGCCUACAGCAGCUGGUGGAAUAGCAAGACAACAACCAGAUCUUUCUAAACCAAGAUCACCAGGCUCAGCAGGGGCCAGGAUAGGCGGAGACAGACGGCAGUCUGGAGGGGCGUCACCCACCCCUGGACGACCCAAAGUUGACAAGACCCCGCCCGCUGGCGCCACUAGCGAAGGAGUUCUAGCCAACUUUUUUAACAGUCUUCUUAACAAGAAGACUGGCCAGCCAGGUACCCCAACGAGGGGGAGCCCAGUGGCACGCAGUGAUGCUGUCGCUGAACUUGACCGAAUGAACAGAAGUAAAAAGCUUGUGAGUCAGCCGAGUGAUGAGUCGCCUGGCUCCUCCUAGAGGUAGUCAUGCUGGACUGAAUUAUAGCCUUAUAUGCACCCUGGGCUUGUGCCUAAGUCUCUUGCUUUAGUGUUGACACUUAGGUAUAUAUGCUGCCAAAAAGGUAUUGUAAAAAAAUAUGUAGGAUUUAAAUUUAUUUGAGAUCGCAGAGAGAGAGAAAGAGGGUAGCAUUUCGAGACAGCCAGUGAAGACUUGUGUAGGCUCGGAUUCAUGGUAAAUAGAUUAAAAAUAGAACAACGUUGCUAUAAUGCAAUGAUGAUCGGUUGUCUCAGUCAUUUGUAGAUGCUAGCGGUGCUAACUGGCCAUGUUGAUCACAGAUCUGCCCUGGCGACUAUCAAUUGGAUGUUAAGGAUGCAACUCCAAAGUUGCAAUUGGCUAUUUAGGACACAGCUCCAAACUGUGAUUGGCAGUUUGAGACACAAUUCCAAAGUUGUGAUUGGCCGCUUAGGACACAGCUUUGAUAGCAUGUUUAGCAGAUUUACAACAUAUUUGCUAAAAACAUAGAAGAAACACUUACUAACUCGGUUGUAUUGGGUAAACCAAGAGAUAGACCAAAAGAUACCCAAAAUAACGCUAAAUAAGUUGUCUGUAUUCCAAGAUAAAUGCAGCUUGAUAGAUCACUAGAUGUACAGCUUAGACCUGUUUUAGCAUGUGUUACAAGUUAAUCCAUUCUGAUUAAUGAUAUAUUUAGGGAGUCACGCUUUCACUUUAUCUCGCGAUCUGUUUUUUAACAUGAGGAAAGACUGGUACAGUAUUGUAGACUGACAAUUCCUCGAAAUGUGUAAAACUUGGGCCCACUAAAACAGAAAAAAAACUUGGAAUAUGGAAAUAAUUGAUACCGUGUUCAUUAUGGGAAGAUGUGAACAUCAUAACAACUUCCAGUGUUUAACUUGAAUUCCCAGACUACAUCUAAUCUUGCAACACUGUGCGAUCAGUCAAAUUAAUUAACAAAUCAAUGCCCGACUGUCGCGUGAGAAACCCAUUCAUCUAUACAGGGCAAAAACUUGAUUGGUUAAAACAGUUUGAUUGACAGCACAGAAUCAUUAAAAAGAUAAAUCUAAAAGUAGAAUUAUUUUUAUUAUCUCCUCAGUUCACCCUUUACACAUAACCGGGCCUUUGACUUCUGUCUAAUCAAGCAAUGUGUGAUUUCGAAAAAACUUCCAUCCCAACCCCCACAGGUGAAGCCAAAGGGGUAGAGUGUGGGGGUAUUUUGGCACCUAGCAUUAUCCUAGGUACCGCAGAGUAUUUAUUCACGGAAGGACAUACUAAACGAUAGAAGUCUGCUUCUGAAUACUAAAUAAAGGGGAACAGUAAA